GUCCAUCGCCUCAGGAAGGCGGGGAAGCAUGGACGGUGCCCGCUGUUUUCCCUCAUGGAGCUCAGGGAUUUGGGCACCUUCCCCUUGGCGCCGGCUUGGCGGGCGAAGCUAACGGCCGCCGGUUUCCAGACGGCCCAGGAGGUGCUGGAGGUCGGGCCUUGCCAGCUGAGCAAAGAGAUUGGCCUUUCUAAAGAGGAUGCUCUAGAAAUUUUAAAGGUGAUCAAACAGGAGCAGCAAAGCGAUGGAGCAAAGACUUCUGAGGAAGCAGAAGCCGUUAAGAAGAGUACAGCCCUGGAACUGUUGGAAAAAGAGCAGAUUCAAGGAUUCAUCGUCACCUUUUGCUCCGCCCUGGAUGACAUCCUGGGUGGAGGUGUGCAGCUCACCAAAAUCACGGAGAUCUGCGGAGUGCCAGGUGUCGGAAAAACACAAUUGUGGUAA